CCAUCAUUCAUUGUUCCUCGGCACAAAAUUUACUGACACGUUUGCUUGUGAGAGAGCACCAUCCGUUGUUUACAAUAAUUUGUCGUCUUUCAAUUGGCGGAACUCGAGGUCGCGACGGAAACUAGACCUCGAAUUGCACUCUGAUUUUCCGAUCCGCAAAGCAAAGCAUAGCAAAGCAAUAUCGCGAGCUAGCCCAAACCUAUCCCAUCCCACCCGGAUUCUCAAGACGCAAGACGUCCUCGACCGAGCCCCUCCAAAACUCCACCGGACCCAGUGCCAGCCCUGCAAAAGUCUUCUUUUCCCCACGCCAUUUUGCCGACGGGUCCUGCUGGUCCCGCUAGUGCACCUGCGAAACACAUACAGGUAUAUAUUGCCGCCAUCCUGCUCUUCCUUCUUCUUCCUCCUUCACGACACAACUUGCACACCGCCAUCACUCACCAUGGCCUCUCAAACACAGCAACCACCGUCUGGCAUGGCGAAGCCACCGACCAAGAAGUUCGAUCCGAAGAAACCUCACAUCACCGAGGAGCCCAUCACUAGGGCAAACUGGUACAAGCAUGUUAACUGGCUCAAUGUCACAUUGAUUGUGGGAGUACCAAUCUAUGGUCUCAUUGCCGCAUACUGGACACCGCUCCAGCUCAAGACUGCCAUCUGGGCCAUCUCAUAUUACUUCAUGACUGGUCUGGGUAUCACAGCUGGCUACCACAGACUCUGGGCACACACAUCCUACUCGGCCCGUCUUCCUCUCAAGAUUUUCCUUGCAGCAGUUGGAGGUGGAGCUGUCGAAGGUUCAAUCAGAUGGUGGUCGAGAGACCACCGUGCUCAUCACAGAUACACCGAUACCGACAAGGACCCAUAUUCUGUUCGAAAGGGUCUGCUCUACUCGCAUAUUGGAUGGAUGAUCAUGAAGCAGAACCCAAAGCGUAUCGGCCGUACCGAUAUCUCCGAUUUGAACGAUGAUCCGGUUGUCGUCUGGCAGCACCGGAAUUACAUCAAGACCGUUAUAUUCAUGGGGAUGGUCUUCCCCUGCCUUGUCAGCGGACUCGGCUGGGGAGACUGGAAGGGAGGAUUCAUUUACGCUGGAAUUCUCCGAAUUUUCUUUGUCCAACAAGCUACAUUCUGCGUCAAUUCAUUGGCGCACUGGCUCGGUGAUCAGCCAUUCGACGAUCGGAACUCUCCAAGAGAUCACGUCAUUACCGCUCUCGUCACUCUUGGUGAGGGUUACCACAACUUUCAUCACGAGUUCCCUUCCGACUACCGCAAUGCCAUCGAAUGGCAUCAAUAUGAUCCUACCAAGUGGUCAAUUUGGUUGUGGAAGCAAAUGGGACUCGCAUACGACCUGAAGCAGUUCAAGCAAAACGAGAUCGAGAAGGGCCGACUCCAACAGCUUCAGAAGAAGCUCGACCAGAAGAGACAGACUCUUGACUGGGGUAUUCCUCUUGAGCAAUUGCCAAUUAUCGACUGGGACUCUUAUCAAGCUGAGGCUAAGAACGGUCGCGCCCUCGUCGCUGUUGCCGGCGUUGUCCAUGAUGUCAGCGACUUCAUCAAGGACCAUCCAGGUGGGAAGGCUCUGAUUACCUCCGGUAUUGGAAAAGACGCUACCGCCAUCUUCAACGGUGGUAUUUACAACCACUCUAACGCUGCACACAACUUGUUGUCGACGAUGCGUGUUGGUGUUAUCCGAGGUGGAUGUGAAGUCGAGAUUUGGAAGCGAGCCCAACGGGAAAAUAAGGACAUCUCCUUUGUCUCCGACUCUGCAGGGAAAAAGAUAAUUCGUGCUGGCAGUCAAGUCACUCGGAUAGCCGAGCCUGUAGCAUCAGCCGAUGCUGCAUAAGCUAUCUCUCCAGUGCUGUGCUACCAUGCACAUUCAUUAGUCGAUGACAAGUGCUGUCUGUCUGGCUUAGAAAAAAAAUUGCAUUUUGCUGUCUCUGAGCGUGGGCUUGUUUAUUAGAUCGGAAGGCGUUAUUGGCGGGGGCUGAGAAUUGGUCUUCCGUAAUUGAAGAGAGUGAAUUACAUUCGGGCACUCAUUGUAAGGUUGGCUCUCCAUCAGUACAAGAUGCGAGUUUUACGCCUGCGGGCAAAGAAAUAUGAAAAUAUACAUACAUCAUCCAAACGA